ACGCCGGCAGCCGACGCCGACGCAACCUCCACUGCGAAGCUUCGCGCGCCGCCUCACCGGACUACGGACGCGUCCUGUCGGAAGAGUAAACAGUGGGUAGACAGGUCAUCCUGCGACUACUAGUUUAAAUUUCUACCGUGUCCUACGUAAAAGCUCAUUUCUGUCGGGUAUCAAAAUUUUUUAACGGUGAAGAGUACUAGUAGUAAACGGUCAGACAGCGUGGGAUACCAUGUGCUGGUUUGAGUCGUGUUGACAAGGAAAAAAAAUUUCAAUGAUUUUAGUUUUACAUCAGAAAUGUUUUAAUGGAGGAUGAAGAACGUCAGACUAGUUUUCUUCUCUUCUCUUAGAAGCACGAGGGGGGAAAUGGCAAUAAUGACUUGGCCACUCUACAUGAAAAAUUUCCUAUAGUUACGCAGUGCAUCAAUAACGAAAAAUAUGUUUCCGUCGGCAGUGAGAUACUGUCGUUUUUAGCAGUACUUUGGUAAGCUUUGCGCUUACCUUUCAAGGUUAUUGAAACGUCGCUUGACUGAGUGUGACAUUUAAGUACAGAGCUACAGUAACUAUUUAAAAUUACGUUCGCUGUCAUGAACCCACCUGUGAUACUACUCUAAUUUUUUGCAGUUUUCUGGUAAGCUUUGCGCUUACUUUUCAGGGUUAUUGAAACGUCACUUGGCUGAGUGUGACAUUUAAGUACAAAGCAACAGUAACUAUUUCAGAUUACGUUAGGUGUCGUGAAGGCACCUGUGAUACUAGAGUAAUUCAUCGUGACGUCAUGAACGUAAUCAACAAGUAGUGACACUAUUAUCAUCUGUGAGGUAGCUGGGACCACGUGUACACCGAGGCGAUGACGACUGAGAUCAUUUUCACUUCUGAGAGCGUAAUGAAUGGGACGAAGAUGAUGGACGCAUCGAGCGAAGUGACGGCUGCCAACGCAACGGUGGAGCCGCUGUUCUGCGGUUCGGGCCUGCAGCAGUUCCACACGGGCUACAAGGAACUGCACGGCUACUUCAGCCUGCUGGUGUGCAUCUUCGGCUCGGUGGCCAACUCGCUGAACAUCGCGGUGCUGACGCGGCGCGAGAUGCUGUCGGCGACCAACAGCAUCCUGACGGGCCUGGCCGUGGCCGACCUGCUGGUGAUGGUGGAGUACGUGCCGUACGCGCUGCACAUGUACCUGCUGCGGCGGCCGCGGGCGCUCACGUACACGUACGCGUGGGCCGUGUUCGUGCUGUUCCACUCGAACUUCGCGCAGGUGUGCCACACGGUGUCGAUCCUGCUGACGGUGACGCUGGCCGUGUGGCGCUACCUGGCGGUGGCGCAGCCGCGGCGCGGCCAGAUCGGCGUGCCGUGCACGCUGGCCGCGGUCGGCUCCGCCUACGUGCUGGGCCCGCUGCUGUGCACGCCGCACUACCUCGCCUUCGAAGUGGCCGAGCUGCGCGAGCGCAACGCGACGCUCUACUUCGUCCAGAUGAGCCGGCUGAGCCAGGCGGCCGGCGGCCUGCUCGGCGACGUCAACUUCUGGGUGUACGGCGUCGUCGUCAAGCUGACGCCGUGCGCCGCCCUCACCGUGCUCAGCCUGCGCAUCGUCGCGGCGCUGCUGGAGACGAAGCGGCGCCGGCGCCAGCUGACGGCGUCGGCGUCGGCGUCGUCGCGCCAGCAGGACAAGGAGCGCCAGACGGACCGCACGACGCGCAUGCUGCUGGCCGUGCUGCUGCUCUUCCUGGUCACCGAGCUGCCCCAGGGCGUGCUCGCCCUCCUCAGCGGGCUGCUGGGACACCGCUUCUUCGCCGAGUGCUACGUGCCGCUGGGCGAGCUCAUGGACGCGCUCGCGCUGCUCAACUCGGCCGUCAACUUCAUCCUGUACUGCAGCAUGAGCCGCCAGUUCCGGGUCACCUUCUGCCAGCUGUUCCGGCCGCGCGCCCUCGGCCGCUGGAUCGCGGUCGAGAUGUCCCACAACGGCGUCACCACCACCAACAACGCGACGCAGGUCACCCAGCUGUAGUACGUCCGGUGGGCCAGCUGGGGCUACUCCGACGUGGUGGAGCGUCAUUCUCUACCUGUCGCCUUUAAGUGCAGGCACCGCCGAAUGGGCUAAUCUCACAUCAGACAUCAUCCACUAUUUCCCACCUUGGCCGUUUGAAACGUCCCCUUAGAAAAAUUUACGAUUGACUGUGCUGACAAACCUCUUACAUUAUUUGAUUUUCAAACAGCUCAGCAGAACUGAACGUACUCAGACAUUUCGCUCUUUACCUAUUCUGAUCAACACUAAACUGACACACAAUAUUUUUAGCGCAACGUAAUAAUCCCUACAAAUAAUGGCCCUGUCUAACAUUAAUCUAUACCUUUCACAAAUCACUUACCUCACAGAAAUCUUCGUUACUCGAACUACUGCAAUACAGCGAGCGCCAAUACUGCUAGCUAAAUAAGAGAUUCUAACUACUGAAGGCACUAACUACUGAUAGGCACAGUUAGCAAAUGAAAGAUUUUGAUAGAGAACAAGCAAUGUAUUUACCUUAAUAGUGUUCAAAAGUCAUAAUAUAUAUAUCAGUCCAUGAUAUCCAAAAUUAGAAAUUUACUCUUUCUGAUGGACAACUUAUCAUAUCCUUGACACACACAGUCCUGUUAGGCGCUAACACAAAACAAGCUGCCCUUAUUUGUUUUUAGUGUCCACCUUUGGUCCUAUCUGUUAAAGAUCCCACACCGUUCAGCAGAAAUCCAGGAGAGGAGGAUCAAGUGUAAUGUGGGCAGUCUUUUUAGCACAUUUCUUCCAACUUCUGUUUUGUUUCCUAGUAAAUCUACGGACCAAUAUGUCAUGUGCAUCUGCAUGAUCACUCUGCAAUUCACACAUGAGUAUAUGAAUGCGUUGUGUCUGUUCUAUUGGACAUGUGCGAAAUUACAUCACCACACAUCCAUAUGAGUUUGUUCGCCUCGAUGGGCUAUGAAUCCACCACCCUCAGUGCGAAUACACAAUCACCUCCAGCAGGAAUCUCAAAACAGCGAGCAACGGUAACUUGGACGGGGACUACGAAUAGGUGGAGCUGGGUGGGAAUAUGGGCCGAGCGACGCACCUAGAUAGUCCGUCCAAUUGUAAUAAACACUAUGUGCAGGUGGCGCAGGGGUUUUAACGCAACUACUUACUCAGCAGAAGAUCCGCUGUUAGAAUCCUGGACACAUUUUUACUCGACGCCGCGAACUCCUCAUAAAGUCCCGAUACAGCUAACAUCUUUCCUAUUCCUUUCCUUUCCUAUUUCUCCCCUCCACCUUCAGUUUACAUAAAAUCACACUUAAGUAUCUAAUGGAGAGUUCAUAUUAUUCCUCUGUCGUUCACUUUCGCAUAGCACAUGGGAAAUAUGAGUACCUAAAUCUUUCAGUGUGAGCUCUGAUUUUAUUACGACGAUCAUUUUUUUUCUGUGUAGCUGGCAGUCAACAAAAUAUUUAGCCGUUGGGAGGAGUAAAUUAGUGACUGAACUUUCGUGAAAAGAUCUCGUCGCAGCGAAAGACGCCUUUGUUUUAGUGACUGUCAUCCCAAAUCACUAUAUCCGCGAUACUCUCUCCCCUACUUCGCGAUCAUACAAAAUGUGCUGCCCUUCUGUGAACAUUUUCGAUGCCAUCCGCCAGUCCUAUCUGGUAAGGAUCCCAUACCGCGCAGCAAUACUGCAGUAAAGGACGGGCAAGCGUCGUGCAGGCAGUCUUUCCAGCAGAUUCAUUGCAUCUUCUAACUUUUCUGCCAAUAAAGUGCUGUCUUCCGUUCACUUUCACCUCAAUAUUUUCUGUGUGGAAGUUCCAAUUAAAAUUGUUUUAAUUGUAGUCCCUAGCUGUUGUGGUGAUGGAAAAACAUUAAAUUAAUGUGGUAUUUCGUGUAAUCUACAUUUAAAGGAGUUUCUUCAGUACUCUUGUGGGGAACACUGCAAAUUUAUUUGUGAAAAAACGGUAUCACGAAACCACAACAAGCAGCUGUAAUGUAUAUUUAUUUACCGAAAACUGUAUGGCAUGAAGAUACAAUAUGUAUAAAGUCAUGAAGAACAUAGUGUACAUGUUUAUACACGCUGCAAAUGUUCAGAUAAUUUUUGGGGUUGGCUGUAAACAGUCGCCGGUAUUUCCACAGGAGAACACCCAGGAUAAUUUUCAGGACUUUGUCGUGAGACGGACGUGGUGGCCGAAAUGUCGACUAUUGUCGACAACGCCACCCGGCUGCUUCCCCGCAAGUUAUUAGAACUUCGCAUACGCCAGGAUACACUCAAGUCACACACGUUACAGAUAGAAGCAAAUAUAACAUCACUCGUAACUUAACUAUGCGUACGUUUUCUUACACAUGGUUCUAUCAGUCGCUAACUUAACGUCCUUUUAUCUCUGCCUUUUCUUUUCUUUUUUGUUUAGAUACUGCAGCGGAUAAUAAUUAAGCUCUUGACAACAAAGAACGUUCAUUUAACGUGAUGUGAUGGUAUCCUUGAUUAUCUGCUACACACAGUAGUUCAUCUUAAUUAUUAUUACACUUAAUUAUCUGUUAACGUGUAAGUGACUUGUAGGUGGUCGCUUAACCAAAUCUGGCUGUCCAUAAAUAAAGCCGGCCGGUGUGGUCGAGCGGUUCUAGGUACUUUAGUCUGGAACCGCGCGACCGCUACGGUCGCAGGUUCGAAUCCUGCCGCGGGCAUGGAUGUGUGUGAUGUCCUUAGGUUAGUUAAGGUUAAGUAAUUGUAAGUUCCAGGGGACUAUGACCUCAGAUAUUGUGUCCCAUAGUGCUCAGAGACAUCUGAACCAUUUGAACCAUAAAUAAACAUACAUUACAGCUGCAUUGGUGAUUUCGUGAUGCCGUUUUUUAAACGCUUUGAAGCUGCGCAGAACUGUUUAUAGACAAAAUUUUGGACACUUUUUGUUUAGUAUCAAUUACCACUUUUAGAACAAUGCAGGCAUCUUAUUGAAAUAAUUUGGCAUUUAUUUUUGACCUUCUGAUGACGUUACUAGACGGUAAACGACAACAUCAACUUUGAACUACCGAAGAGGUCUUGUCAAAUUGUCUCAUGAAUAUAUAGAUUAAGAAGAGCAGAGGGCCUAUAAUUCCUCCUUGGCGAACGGCAAAUGUAAUUCCGGCUUCACCAUCAAUGACUACGAAGAGCGACCUUUGUGACAGGGUUUUAGGAAUCCAAUCGCACAAUUCAGACGACGACUCAUAGGUACUCAAUUUGAUUAGAAGUUGCUUGUAAAGAACGAUGUCCAAAGCCGUAUGGAAAUAUAUGAAUAUGGAAUCAACUUCAGAUCCCCUGUCGAUAGCACUCAUUACUUCGUGUGAAUAAAGAAGCAGUUCUGUUUCAA